AUGGUGACUAACCCUCGUCAACAGUGGAUGCUCUUCUGUCAACCCAAGGACGUCGACGAAGUCUGGCGUGUCGUUGCGAGGGCUACGGCCAACAAUGAGCUGGGAGUCGCAGCCAAAGUCGCGCCGUGGAAUCCACAUAAUGACCCUACUGGGCGCAAAGACCGGAUCGUGUGCGUCUACACAGCCGACUUCAGUGACAAGGCAGACGUUACUCGGGUUUUGCAGAAGCUUAGAGAGCUGAGAUUAGUCGAGGCCAUGGGACGUCCGAUUUAUUACAAGCCAGGAGCCAUUGAGGUUAUCGACGACCUGUCACUCCAGCAACAAGCAGUGCACUAUAGCAUUCAAAACCAGUUGGGCCAUGAGCGCAUGGAUGGGGAGAUUUGA